AUGCAGACAACCAGGCGAAACUGUCAAUUGUUUGGUGGAUUUAUGGAUGGAAUUGGAGGUUUUAUGAAGCGUUUCACUACCAAGGCAACUGCGUCGCACAUUCUCAUGAGUGGUGGGGCUGAAGCCGAGAUCAAGUUGGAAGAUCUGAAGACCGAAAUUGGAGACAGCCCUCUAAAAUUUGCCGAAGCAGCAGCCAAGUUUAGCGAAUGCCCAUCCGCCUCGUCGGGUGGGAAUCUAGGAGAGUUUGGUCCUGGAGCUAUGGUCAAGCAAUUUGACGAAGUUGUUUUCGCGCCGUCUUCUGAAAUUGGGAAGGUCUACGGACCUGUCAAAACACAGUUUGGAUACCAUUUGAUCUAUAUCAGCGAACGCAGGGAAUAA